UCAGACAAGCAGGGAUCUCUGUAUACAAGCAUUGUAAAACUACCACAUCUGGAGGAGAAUGAAUCGGAACUUGUGCGUGACAAUUGCAGUCGCGCUGCUGGCGUGUGCAGCCAGCAGUCAAGGCGUCGCUAACAAAGUGUCACGUUUUUCCGUGACGCGUUUGGAGGAAGCUGCCAAAAGCAUCUCACAACUCCCGGUGCUUAAUAAGAUUGCCGGGGGACCUAAUCUUGAGACACCUGGGCGAGCGGCUCUUGAGAAGUCCAUCACUCCUAACUUUCUUAAAUCUAUUGAAUCCGUCCAGAGUAAAGCUGCACAGGAGUUUCAAAGGGCUUUGGUAGAAGACAGCAAAACCAGUAAAGCCGCCCAGGAAUCUACGGCAUUCGGUCCUCACCUGUUGGUCAAUUCCGAAGCUCAGGAGAUCGCACAGGCCGGAGAAGCAUUCCUCCAGGCCAGCGCCACAGCUGCCAAGCGACUUAAUGUGAACGGUGAAGGGUUGAAAGGGUUGAGAUCAUUUCGGCCCGUGCUAAAAAGAUGUCCAUUCAAUGUAGCUAUCAAGUGUGACGCAAACUCCAAAUAUCGAACAAUUGAUGGCUCUUGUAAUAAUUUGGCCAAUCCUAUCUGGGGGAGGGCCAAUACACCCUUUGACAGGUUUUUGGUGCCCCAAUAUGACGAUGGGAUUCAGACGCCCAGAAGCAAGGCCGUUUCCGGCAAGCCUCUUCCGAAUGCUCGUGUACUCAGCACAGAGGUGCACAAGAAAAGCACAGUAGCUAAUUUGCACCCAGAUAUCACCCACUUGACAAUGGAAUUCGGCCAGCUUAUCAGCCAUGAUGUAAACCAAAAUACAUUGUCGUCAGGUUAUAACCGAAUACGUCUGUCAUGCUGCAAGGCUGAUGGUAGCGUCGACAACAGCCCAUUCAAAAAAAGACUGGGUUGUUUUCCAAUCGAACUGCCUAAGAACGAUCCUUUCUUCGGAAAGCACGGGAGAACAUGCAUGAAUUUCGUCAGGGCUUCAGCAACCCCAGACAUCAACUGUGAUUUAGGUUUCCGAGAGCAGCUGAACCAGGUAACACAUUACAUCGAUGCCUCCACAGUGUACGGAAGUGACACAAAAACCAUGAAUGACGUCAGACUAAAGAGAGAUGGUCUUCUCAAGGUUACACCAAGCUCUAAUGGAGAUCUACCUCUUCAGAAUCCCUCAGCUACGGGGACAGCAGGUUGCCGCAGCUCGGGAUCGCAACAUUGCUUCAAAGCAGGUGACGUUCGUGCCAACCAGCAACCUGGCCUGAUGACAUUACACACGAUCUUCCUGAGAGAGCACAACCGCAUCGCGAAAGAACUGAAGACCCUGAAUCCUUCAUGGAACGAUGAGCGCCUGUUCCAGGAAGCCAGAAAGAUCGUUGGCGCCGAGAUCCAACACGUGACUUACAACGAGUAUCUGCCAACGAUUUUAGGAAACACUUUCGCAUCUAGAUUUGGCUUCGCUGCUCAGCCCAAGGGAACGUACUUUACGGGUUACAACCCUGCCUUCAACCCUGCCAUUCGUAACGGAUUUGCCGCCGCGGGUUACCGUUUUGGCCACAGCACCGUCAGAGAUCACGUGGCUGCAGGAAACCUCUUUAAAGACCACUUCCUGAAUCCAUCACUAAUGUACCAGAGCUCUAAGGGACCUUCCUUCCUGGUCAAGGAUCUGUACACCCAUAACCAACAGACAACAGACAACCUCAUGACCACACAGCUCACCAAUCAUCUUUUCGAGAGGGCUCCCGGAACCGGCAUUGAUCUCGCCGCCACCAACAUUCAGCGAGGACGUGACCACGGCAUUGGCAGCUAUAAUAUCUGGAGACUCUGGUGCAAACUGACUCCCGCCGCUUCCUUCAAAGCCGGUCCUGGAGGACUAAUCGACCAUAGCUCUGCUGUUGCCGCUCUUUUGGAAAGCGUAUACAGCCACCCUGAUGACAUCGACUUGUGGACAGGAAUCGUCACUGAGACCCCCUUAGAGGGCCGCGCUGUGGGACCAACAGGAGCUUGUCUGAUUGGACGACAGUUCUGGGUACUGAAACACGCUGAUAGGUUCUACUAUGAAACCAACGAUGCUGCAGCAAAAUUCAAAAUCGAACAACUUAACGAGAUCCGGAAGACAAGCCUGGCCAGGAUUAUCUGUGAUAACACCGAAAUCACCUCUCUUCCCAGAGAUGUCUUGGAGGAGUUGUCCUCCAGCAAUCCCAACGUCAAGUGCUCAAGCUUACCCGAAGUAGAUCUGAACCAGUGGUCUGACUGUGUUGAUGGCGGAUGGUCGUCGUGGAGUGUAUACUCAAAGUGUGUCGCGGGGUCCCGAACGAGGACACGCAAGUGCACGAACCCACCUAGGAACGCCUGUGGGAAAACUUGCCCUGGCUCCGGAAAACAACUGGACUUCAAGGGCUGUGGCGGCGGCAUAGACUUUCCUUUCGGGUUUCCAGGAUUGCCAAAACCUUUCCCGGGGCCAAUCUUCAGCGAUCCCCGUCGCGCAGAGCCGCUAUGAGAUGGAAUUUAUUUUUGUGAUUGACAGGCAAUAGGAUCUCAUGACAUAUGUAUAGUCGUUUUUUUUUGUCCCCAGAUUUAUACAGCGUGUAACAAUGUGAUAUUUUCGUGAAGAUCUGAUAUUUUAAUUACGACAGUGCGUGUGUCACUACGAACUUAAUGGGUUUGUUAAUAAUAACCCUCACCAUAAUUAUUGAUAAUAAUUGUGUCAAAAGACUUGUGCACUCUUAAUCCAGCAAGGCCCUAACGCCAUCAAUUUCUAAUUUUAACAGACAAAUCAAAACGGUGUGAUUUCAAGAACAGAUUUUUGGCUAGUCUAAUUUAGUCCACAUCAGCUGUAAGUUUACGCUUACUAUUGCUUUGAAGCCUUCUUAUCUACGCGUAACUUAUCUUCUUUUCACACACCAUUACGAUGACCCCCCCCCCCCCUUAUACAUUCCAAUAUACGCGACUUUCACAUUCAGUUUCUUGACGCUAUUGUAUAUGAUAUUAUUAUAUUCUCUUAAAGGUUUUUAUGUAACAGUUUGUGUAAUUAUACUUUUGAUGUCCAAACAUUAGUUUCAUUUUCCCUUUUUGUUUCGUUCAAAGCUAAAUAUGGACAGUUUACAAUCUAGAAUGUGCAUCGUUAUUGUAAUAUUUUGUGGGGAACAACUGUGAUAUGAAACUAAAUGACAAACUAAAUUAGCAGAUAAUUAAAUAUGUUGUCUGGAAUGUUCAGAUAGUUAGUUAUAAUCUAAGAUAAUACUGGGAAUUUGUUAUCGGAUGAGGAACAAAUAUCUCCACAGCGCCCAGUUACAAUAACAUGUGUUGAAAGUAUGCAAGGCUUACAGUUAAAAAUUAUUCACUUUGAAUUACUGUAAAAGCGUUUUAAUCUUUCAGCCACUGACACACCUGAUGUAUGUUUGAAUAAUUACAAAGGGCCUGUUUCUGUGACAAAGCUCACGAUUAUACUGAACAGAACUAUUUUCAAAGAGAUAUGACGAUAAUUUAAAUAUUAUUCAUGUCUAUGUCAUGUAAAAACAAUCCCGGGUUAUGUUUAUAUUUUACAAUCUUUUUAACAUAAAAAUUGGACUUUUAUUUAUGAAGACAGGGGUUUUACCUGGGGCAGUUUUACACAUGUGCCAUAUUUAUUUUGUCCAUAAUAAAAUCGUAUUCUUUAUUA